AUGAGUGGCCGGUCCUUUGACACGCACCACCCGAAGACAUGGCAGCGUGAUCGACUUGUCGCUGUCGCUGAGUACACUGGCGUGCUAGCCAGUGGCCUCGCGGAGUCUGCGGGGUACAUCUCUGUCGAGAGAUCCGCGCGAGCCGUCGCUCGGCUUCUAUCGGAGUACCGCUGCAUCACGCGGAUAUGCAGUUGGUUGGUGGUGUUGGGCGACCUCUCACCGGCUGGUGUGCGCCGGAUAGUGCACGCGUCGCCGGGUAUCUUCACUGUAAUUGCUCGCAUUGCAACAACAGUUGCCUUGGGGUUGUUCCUGCUGAGCGAAGAGGUGGCGCUACUGGCUGCGGGAGGCGUGGUGCGUGGAUCGUUGCGCCCGUACGCUGCCCGAUUGGUGCCUAUAUUCUUCUUCUUUUACAACCUUUUGAAAAUGGCAACGAGCGUUGCGCUGCUUCGGGCGACAAAACGCAUAUCGUUUGAGGCCACUGACACUCAGAGUGUCAUACGCAAACGGCGGUACAAGGAGUUGUUUGUCACAUUUAUGGAGGGCACUGGAUACAUGAUAUACGCCAUGACGUUGCUGCCUACUAAUACACCACGCCUCACACAGGCGUUGCGUGAAGAGCGUUGGGUUGAUCGCUCAUACGCUGUGCUGUCCUCUCUGUGCCCGCAGGCGGUGCGGGUGAGUUCGACUACGCAGGGGAUCAUCGGACUCGUGGCGACUAUUCCUUCGUUCUUUGGGUCGUCGUGA